CAAGCACUCGAAUGCUCCCUUUCCCUUCAUGAGCUUCAAUGGCUCCAUGAUCCCGAAAACCUCGAGUGUCUACAGCGUGACCAGGAAUCAUGGCUCGCUCACACAGCGGAGCUGGCUACCCUCUGUUGCCUCGUGGUGAUGCAGGAGAUGCGCUCGAGAACGUGUACAUGAUAGGCCCUCAUGGCGAUGAGGCUCACCUCAGUCCGCGACUCGCUGGGCGUACCGGACACGCCGCUUUUGCACUUCCACCUGCUAGUUUCCAGAGUGCGCAAGGCGCCGCCAGCCACAAGACAACCUCGAGCAUCUCUUAUCUCGAGAGCGAUGAGAAAGAUGCGCACACCAACGAUCGAACGCCCACCUGGCGCCGGAUUUACGCCAACACCUGGACCUUCGAGAUCGUUACCAUGGCUUUCAGCAUCGCAUGCUUCGUCGCCAUCAUCGCCAUCCUCGUGGUCUUCGACGGCAAUAUCCUCUCCCCUCUACCCUAUGGGCUGACAUUGAACGCAAUCGUCUCCACCCUCGCGACCGGGGCCGAGGGUGCGCUGGUGUGCGUCUUAGCUUCGGCACUCAGUCAAUUGAAGUGGCGCUGGUUUCAGCAGCGUCGGAGGCUCUACGAGCUUCAGAUUUUCGAUGAUGCCAGUCGCGGGGCCUUGGGAUCCUUCCAACUGCUCUGGGGACGCACCGGAAAUAUCAUUGCCAUCGUCGGCGCUCUCCUUACCAUCCUCGCUCUCGCCUUUGAUCCUUUCAUCCAACAAGUCAUCCGCUACCCUACUCGCACCACGAUCUCCCAGGACGGCACCGCCACAACGCACAGAGCUACCGGGUUUUCUCCAGUCGUCGAUGGGCUCGACAUGAUUAGCGCAGUAAAUUCUGGCAUUUGGGCAGAUGCCUCUCAAUUCGCCCGCGCCCCGACGUGCACUUCUGGCAACUGCAAGUGGCCCGAAUUCGACUCGCUGGGCUGGUGCAGCAAAUGCGAGGAUGCUACGGCAUCGGCGACGUUGACGCUCGUUCCGAAUUCCAACUCUACCAACUACACCUUGUCCUUAGGCUCUGGGCAAGAUAUAACUGUGUCGUAUGGGUACACCCGGCAGAUGAAUGGUGAUUACUACAAAACUUGGCAGACAGACACUGUCUGGGCGACACAUUUCCACGAUCAAAAUGUGAGUGACGGGAUGCCCAGCUUCGUCAAUGGUUCAAUGGCUGUCUCUGGCCCAACCGUCUUGGGCAUUCAGGCGCCGGCACUUGUUCUGGGUUACGCACAGCUAGUCAACGAAGGUACAGUCGGCAAGGUGUCGAUCGAAGGCGAUCUCGAUAUGCAGCUCCGCGUGACAAAGGCGGAGCAGUGCGCACUUACGCCCUGCGUCAGGACCUACAACGUGCAAGUGUCGAACGGCACACUACACAGUCAAAUCACAGCGACCAACUACGGCGUCAUCACAGUCGGGACCUUAUUCGCCCCCUCCGGCAGCACGACAGUCCUAGACUGCUGGCAGCCCGACGCGCGCAAGAUAUCCUACACCGAAGUGCGCAACGAACGCACCUUCGCCCCCAUCUUCUUCGGCAACACCUCCCUCUCCGCCUUCUGCCCGGUCUCGCUCUACAUCUCCACCAUCCUACCGUAUUUACAAAGCAACUCAAGCGAUACAUGGGCUGAAGAUGGCCCGAAUCAAUGGAUGACAGACCCCUUCAGCCAGUACUCCUCCGACUUCAUCCGGCGCGUCGGGGCGUACGGUCUCUCCUUCUCCAUCGAGAAUUUGGCCGCGUCCCUCACCAGCUUUGCCCUCAGCCUCAGCAGCGACGUAGUCACCGGCACAGUCGAAGUCUCCACCGGCCACGUGAUGGUGCGCUGGGAAUGGCUGGUCUACCCGCUCGCACUCGAAGUCGCUGGUCUCUUGGUGUUUGCUGCGACGAUUGUGCUGACGAGGAGACACAAGACGAUUCUGUGGCGCUCGUCGCUGUUGCCCCUUGUUUUCCACGGGUUUCGCCGGAUUCAUACUGUUGACUCGCCGCCGGUGCCCUUUGAUGUUGCGGGCAUGCAAGUGCAGGCCGGGAAAGUGUAUGCUAGGUUGCCGCGCUCGAGUGUUGGGGCGGAGGGCCGGUCGUUGCAGGAAGUGCUGUAGCACUAGGUUGGAGGAAGGAUGCCAUUCGCGUUUAGAUGGCAUGUAAUGAGCCGGCUAACUUUCAAUGACUGCAAUGAUUUGACGAACAACCUACGAGUCUAUCUUGAUUGAAACAGAGUGCAU